GUUGAUGUAAAAGAUAACCUUGCAAAUACUCCACUUCAUGGGGCUGCAACGAACGGACAUUGUGAUAUAGUAGAGCUGCUAAUCAACCAUGGCGCGGCUGUUGACUUACAAAAUAGAGGAUUGGAUACUGCACUUCACUUGGCUGCAGAGAAAGGUCACACAGAAGUAGUAGGCUUGCUAAUUCACUAUCAAGCUACCGUUGGUUCAAAAGAUAGCUUUCCAGAGUCUGCAUUACAUAAGGCUGCAGAGAAUGGACAUCAUGAAAUUGUAGACUUGUUGAUCAACCAUGGCGUGGCUGUUGACGCACAAAAU